AUGAGUAGGUCCCACAGGGAAACUAAGGGGAGGCUUUCUUUGUCUUCUGAUGAUGUGGGACGAAGCAUCGGUCAACAACUACUAUACUGUACAACCAUAACCUUCUUCUCCAACCAGUGCUCCAAAUUUGUAGGUGUCGCAGGGGUUCUUGAAGAUUAUAUUGACAGUAUCUGGAUUAUUAAGGUCUUCAGAUCGUUUGGUUGUGCACUUCCCUUCAUCCUUGUUUCAAUACUGCUAGCAACUGGUCCGAAAGCAUUUCUUAUGGCUUUAGCGCUUCCUCUUGGGCAGUCUACUUUUUCAUUUGCAAUCCAAAAGAUGCGGGGUGGGAAAGACAAGAGACCAAAGCGCAAGACCAAGACUAAGAGUAGAUCAUAUCCCCGUUCUUCAAGAACUGUCAAGCGGGUUGAAAAGAAUGCACCAACAUUUGGCGGAUGGGAUGAGCUAGACGGUUUGAGUGAGUUUGAUAUAGGAUCUUCAAGUAGUUCAGGUCAAAGUGUAGGCAAAUCAAAGAAUUCACCUCCAGAGAACGGUAGGUUGAGUAUGAGAACUGAGAAAAGUGAUACACCUUUGUUGUUGAGAUUGCUCAUCGCGGUUUUCCCAUUUUUGGCUAAGAUGCUGUAGUUAUAGGGAAAAAAAAAAUCUUGAAUCUGCAGCACUAUUUGGUGUCAUUUCCCGCAUAUUUCACUUU